UAGUGCAGGUGAGUGUUGUGAAAUUUCCACUAAUCGAUGAUUGUGACUCACUUUAUCUGGGAUGAUAACACAAUCUACAAGCGGAUAGCUGAUAAUAUUCACUUUACACCAUCAGUAAAGCCAUACCUUUAACGCUGCAAUGGCGUAUUUUAUUUUGAUUGCAAUCCUGCUGACACUCAGCUACGAAGGAUUGGCUGUUGACAUCCAGUGUCCAGAGGAAGGCUGCGGCAACCUGACCAUCUACCUGGGUCCUAAAUGGGGGUCUAAGGUCAUCGUCCUCUCUCACCACGAGGGGCAACCAAGAGCCUGUGAGACAAAACAUUACGUCAUCAGGAGUAGAAAAUAACUUUAAAAUUCAGCCCCAACCGAUCUUUAUGAAUUAUUCAUUCAAUACUACAAACACCACUGCCGAAUCCAAAGUGCCAGAUAUUUAUAGGUUGAGUGGGAGGUUUAGUAAUCCCAGUUACUGGAGGCCCGUCACCACCACAACCACCACUACCUCCACUGCCGCACCUAUCUACAAGUGGCACCAAAGGUUUGGAAACCCCACACCUCCGUAUUGGGUUCGUAGGUUGCCCACCACAACUUCCAAACCGAUAACGGUAUCGCAAUAUGACCUAGGAGACUGGAGCAUUCUGAACCUGACCUAUAUGAGGCUCACAGGAGAAGGAGUGAAGGUUCUGCUCUCAGGGUUGGGUGACAAGGACAGGAUUAAGCUUCAAUACCUGGAGCUGAGUCACAACAAUAUCACAGAGCUCUCAAUAUUCACGUUUCCGAUGGAGUCGGAACGGUACCUCAGUGAGCUCAACUUGGACCACAACCCCAUUCGGCACUUCAUACAAGACACGACUUUCGAGGUCUCUCGCCUGCGAUCGCUCAAGAAACUGAAUGUGUCCCACUGCGAGCUUACGUACUUCGACAGUCCCUAUAUUCCGUCACUGCAGACACUCGACCUCAGCUACAACCACCUGCAGAGUGUGCCCGGCUACCUGGAAAGGUUGCCUCGCCUCAACCGUCUGAUCCUGGACAACAACAUGAUCCACUACGUGAGCUACUUCCCUCCCAGUCAGUACCUUGAGUACUUGUCACUGUCCAGCAACCAACUGUACUACAUCGGCAACACCACGUUCCAGGUGUUUCCGUAUCUGUCUGAGUUACGACUGAACAACAACUCUCUGGAUGACGCAAGCCUAGUAAACGUUUCUCGCUAUGGCUCAUUCUACCUGAGCGGUAACCCAUGGGUGUGUAGCUGUCCUCUACUGGACAUGGUGCAAGGCAAUCGACCUAGAGUUGUUGAUGCGGAUAGCGUCACAUGCAAGUUCCCUUACUCCCAGAGUUCCCAUCUCGUAAAGUACAUGAGCAGCCAAGACGUGCAGAUUGGUUGUCCUGUUCGCACAUUCUGGGACUGGGUGCAGGAUACUGCCGAAAAGGUGGAGGACGUGGAGCGAUGGUUCCGGCGACGUGGUAUCCACAUGUACACCAUCUACCAAGCCCUCAUAUGGAUACUAGUGAUCGUGGCGGCGGUGGUAGCCGUGCGUAUUCUGCUGCGACGCCAGAAGAAGAACACCAAGGUUGCGCCAGCUCCGACGGAAGUCCCUUACAACAUUCUUGAUGACAAAAUGUUGGCAUAGAAACACGAACGAGGUGUUUCACAAAUAUAUACAUUACUGUACUAUUUAGAUAGUUAGUAACUAACAUAUUGUUUGUAUCUGGACAUAAACAAUUCUUAAUAUAUUAUAAAACAGAUUUUUAUUAUAUUUAAGUGAUUACACAUUGAUUGCUGUUAAUGUUUUAUAUAACAGUAACUUGUCAAUUUUAAUGUUGGUUAACUAUUACAUAUGAAAUCAAUUCAAAAACUGUA